CCCGGCCGCCCUCCUUCCCGGACCGCGGGGCCGCGCUUCCCCGGGGCAGGAGCGCUCCCGCAGCGCCGGGCGGCGCCGCAGGAGCCCGAGAUGGCGGACAGCGCCGCGGCCACCGCCGCUCCUCGGGCCGGCGUGAAGGGCUCGGCCGGGCCCUGGUGGAAAUCGCUGACCAGCAAGAAGAAGCACAAGGAAGCGGCGGUAGCCCCGCCGCACCCCGUCGCCAGCGAGACCCCCGCCGACACCCCCAGCCCCGACGGCCGGGAGGAGCAGCACCCUCCCUUCGGCAGCGGCGACGCCGCGGGAACCGGAGUCGGCAACCGGCGGAGCCUCCGAGUGUCCCAUUCGGGCCGCUUCAAGGAGCGGCGGAAGGUGCGCACCUCGCUGCUGGCCGACAGCCCCGAGGUCUUCGACGGCGGCGGCGCCCCAGGCCAUGCCGCCCAAGGGGCCGAGUAGCCCAGGAGAACCUUGCCGAGCAGCUGCCACUGGGCGGGUGGCCGGAGAACUGGCGGGACAGGCAGCCGGAGACUGCCCCACAGCUGGGCUCGGACCCAUGGGUGACGUGUAGGCAGCGGCCUCCCAGACCCUGACCGGACACUGCGGGGAGCCCGGCACCGCUGCCAGGCGAGGGAAUGGCUGGGUUACAUGAACACCGCCAACACCAAACCCCUGGAUGACGGGACGAUGCGAUUGUCUUUUUAAAAAACCACAAAUAAACACCCCCACUCCCUGUACUGUGGUGAGCAGGCUCAAAGGUGCUAUCCCAAGGCCGAUGGUGGGGUCUCUGAACCUUCCCGCAGCCCUCGCCAGGAGCCAACAUGCUGACUCUGAGGCCUGUGACCCAGUUCCUUCUGGCUCUCAAGCUGAGGAGGCGCUUUGCUGCUUUCAUCUCACAAGCUGUUCUACCGAAGGAAGGGGAGAGCAAAGUGCUCUUAUCUAAUUUCAGGGCUGAGGACCUCCGGUGGUGCCGAAAGCAUGCCAGUCCUGCUGUUAGCCACAAACACAUCUUCCAUCCCCCACGGGAUGGAGAGAUAUUGUGAGGGGCAGGCUCUUGUCUUCACCCAUGUCCCACAUCACGUUGCAUUUACAAAUGGAAAAGGCAGGAUCAUGCUGGUAUUCUCCCUCUUCUUACUGUGUAGCACUAAGCAGGUGUUUCAGAGACUGGUCCCUCAUAGUUCUGUUACAGAGGGAGGCCCGUGUUGUCUAGCAAUUCACAGGGGAUACAUGAUUUUUGCAUAAUUGGUGAUAACUGGGAUAAUGAAGCUCCAAUGAAGAAAUUGUGUGUUAAGAUGUAAGCAUUCUUUUGGGAGAUGAGACCAGCCCUGGAAAGCACAAGCAGGGUUGCAGUUCUAAUGUGGAAAUAGGCUUGGGCACCACUGGAAGUGUUUACCACUGGGGCUGGAAGUGUGUCUGAGGCUUUUGAAGCAAGGUUAAGUGUCCCAGGAUUUCUUCUGAUGGUGAGAUAAUGUGCUUUCACUCGAGUAGUUAUCCACUUCCUCUAAGAGCUCUUGGAUGGUUUUUUUUUGACAAAUAAAUAUAAGCCAGAUUUGUACUGGUGUUGUGCCUUUACAGAGCAAAACCAGCUAAAAAUACUUGGCAAUUACACAUUUCUUGAUAGUAGGUGAUGUAGCAGCAACUGACUUAUUUAUUUUAAAUGCAUUUUCAAUACACUUUAUAUUGUUAAAAUGGUUUUAGACUUUUUCUGAAUACAAGAUACUACAUAGGGGCAGGCACUGAAAAUUAUUUACUUACAGUCAAGUAUUAUGCAGUUAUGAUUUUCUUUGGUUGUAACUAAUCAUUUGAGGUCAAUUAAAAAGUGACUGGAAAGGAAAUAAGAACUGAAUUCCAGUUGAAAAUAUGGAUUAAACCAGCCAUUGGCAAUCACUAAAAUGUUGCACUAGAUGCUGGGUAAGUGCCCCAUGGUUCAAUGUGCACAAUAAUAUGUAAUGAACCUUGAAAGCUUCUGUGCAAUAAACUCAGACAACGUAGCUGCUGAGGUGCUCACUGGUCAUUCACUCCUUCAGACUCUGGAGCCCAAGGACAUAAGGGAUUGUAGCAUCAAAUCUAUUUCCACGAAAUAUUUUUUUUUCCUCCACCCAGUGUGUAGAUACAUUCUUUUUAUAUUUCCUGUAGUAAAACGACAAGGUACUGGAUUUGGACUGCCUUUUUAUAUUGCUGACUCCAUGCUGGCCAAGAAAAGAUCUGGGGUGGGGUGAGAGGAGAUCUUUAAACUUUCUCCUCAGAGGUGCUUUUCUUAUGAGAGGCCUCUUCAGUCAAGGGACAUCUGAAAUCCUUCUCUUGAGAAGAAGCAAUCAGAGCAAACCUGGUCUUGGAAAAAGGGGGGUAAGAAAAAAGGGGGAAGGUUUAAAAGCUGGAAGCAGAGAGGUGGAUGAUGAAGAACCAUAUUCCAGCUACUGUUCACCCAGGAUGGGAGUGGGGGGAAAGGAGGCAGAAAGGGGUGCUUUGCUGCCAGGGUUGUCAUACUACCUUUGGAGGGCAAACUCUUCAUGUUUAUUAUGGGCAGAAGUAGUCUGCCUGUGUUUAUGUAUUCCAAGGUCCAAAUAAAUGUUUUUUGUAUGUGUGUGUGCCCAAAAUGGAAGAACGAGGAAGCAGAAAUUGCACUGAUGCAUUUCUCAACUCCUGCAUCUAGUUUGGUGUGAGUUCUGUGAGGGUCACAUUCUCAGAACUAGCCAGAGACUGGAGAAUGAAUGCAGACUAGUGUUUUAUAUAUCUCAUGUAGAUGCUUUUCUGCAUUUUUAAUCCUUAAACUGUUGUGAAAAUACAGUUUCCUCCUCUCUUUUGUACCUCAAAGCCGCCUUGUUCUACAGUGAAACUCUGUUUGCUCUUUGGAAAUGUCUCAGGUUUGUUGGUUGCAAGUCUUUACCUAGGCACAAGAAAUAUCCAAUUUGGGUUUUAUUUGAGAAGUCUAGUGUGCUGUUCCAAUGGCUGCUGCUAAGGUUCAAUAUCAAUACUGGCUAAUAUGUGACUGAAUAUUAGCCAUGUCUUAAUCCUUGCUUAUGAUACUUUCAUCUUGGAAAUUUGGUCAGAAUACGAAGUCAAUAAAUGCACAUAAAAUACCUUGCAGCGCUCCUCCAUCUUUGUCCUGACCUUGAGCUGUGGGGAGGAGACGUAAUUCUAUCUUCCUACUCAGUCAAAUCCUUGCUUCAAUGAAUAUGAUAGCAGCCACUGAAAAACUAGAUCCAUGAGAAAAAGGGCUGGCUGCCUCGUCUCACUUUCCCUGCCCUCUGUGCACAGCAGUACCUGCAGCUUAGUGCUCACCCACGCAGCAGGGCCAGAGGAGGGAGAAGGCCUCUUGUCCAUAACCUGUUGCACAGAAAUAGUCCUCUUGUUUCUCAGCCAGAGCACCAAAUAAAGCUUAAAUGAUCGUAAACAUGUAAAUUAAUUAAGUUGGUACAGGAAAAAACCCUGGCACUUUAUGGAGCACCUGAAUUACUGUUUUUAACCCUUUAAAUGGAAAUAAUUUCUUAUGUAUUGGACAAUACUUGCUCUGUUAUAACCAUAGUGCAUUUCUGGCCACUGGAUUAUUAAAAGGCAGUUUGAACUCUUAGUAUGGGUAUUUUUCUCAUCUUCUUUAUAAAGAUCAUGGAUCAGAAAGUAAGUUGAGGAAAUAGGAUGACUGAGAAAGUACUUGUUGUGUAUUUUUAAAAGUUAACAGUGACAUGUUGACAAAAUAAAUAGAAAUAAGCAGAUGAGGUGAACCUCAGCUAUGUCAGUUACAGUGCAAUUUUCUUAAUAUUAUCCCAGAUACUAAGGAUUGCUGGUUUGGGGCAAAAGAUAAAUAUUUAGCAAAUAAAAUGAACUUUUCAAAUAAA